AUGGAGGCAUCACCAUGUGCCCAGGUAGUUAGUAGCCACACAGCAUCACUGUUGAUGAGCCUGAACCGCCAAAGACAGCGAGCUCAGUUCUGUGACUGUGUGGUCAGACAGAGGCAGAGCCCAGGUCAACUGUAUCCUGCACACAGAUGUGUCUUGGCAGCUUCUAGUCCAGUGCUUUCUUCUCUCUUGUCCUCCUCUGGUGCCCUGGUGGAACUGCAGGCACCGUGUCUGACUGGCUCUGUGCUGGCUCUUCUUUUGGAUUACAUUUAUACUGGGACUUUGCCAUACUCACGAAUCCAGCAGUACUACUACAGCCUGCUCACUACCGCCUGCUAUCUGCAGAUGGAUGAACUGCAAAAGGCUCUCAGUGCAUGGCAGAAGACUGAGGCGAGUGUUGCAGAUGAAGCAAAUGUUUCCACCAGAACUGAGAAGCAUGUAGUGUCCGAAGUGGACAAAGAGGUGCAGAAGGAUCAGUUUCAUGUAGCUGGCACUGUAAACGCAGAGACCUGGCAGACAAUCACAGAAGAGGAGCUGGAGAGGAAAGUCGAGGACAAGAGGAAGUCAUCCUCGCCCUGUUCUUCAUUGCCACAUCCAUGCUCUGCAGCAGAGGAGACGCUCUCCCAGGAUCUGAGAGCUUCACUUCCUGUGGAGAUGUCGGACACAGGAAGUGACUCUCAGGGGGAAGCUAAUGACAAACACAGUUAUUCCAGCAGGGUUCCGGAUAGAAUGGAUAGACAGGAGCUCCAUUGUAACCCCUAUGAACCAAGGAAAGAUUGGUACCCAACACUGCACAAAGCCCAGACAAGCAUAUACCAUACUGUCUCUGCUCAACAGGAAAAUGACUCUGACAACCGAGAGAAAAGAGCCACUGCUGCUGUGGAUAAUGUCAGGGGACGUCUGUUUGACUGUGAACGCCGCACAUCUCUGGAACUCUCAGAAAUCACAGAGCCAAGUUUUACAAAUCAAGUGGACAGCAACAUGUCUGAUCUCAUGUGUAGUGUGGUAGGACAGUCAUACCACGGACAUCUUUAUUACCACUGCCUACCCCACGAGGACACACGCUUAUUGCACAGAGACUCUGAUCACAAACCCUCUCACCCUGAUUAUUCAAACCUGUCCAGUGAUGAAGAGGAGGAGGAAGCCAACACAAGUCACAGGUCUCUGAGGCCGCACUUUGCUACAGGAACCACAGAACAGGUUCUACUGCUGGACAUUAGUGCUAAACCUGCAGAGUUGCUUGUGGCCUACAAACACAAAUCAGACGAGAAAGACAUAUUUGGGAGUGGGUUCAGAGAGCAACGGGAUGACGCUACAUCUAUAGUAGGAGUUGACAAGAAAAAAAGUAGGACUGCGGCAAUGGUUGGGGCUGAGAGUUUUGAUGAGGGUGAGACUAAGUCUUGGGUUGGAAAGACAAAUUUGGAAAGACCCGGUGAUGAAGGAAUACAAAAAGCUGUCUCCAACCCUGAGGAGGGUGAAAACCAGAGCAGCACUUUGACAGCCUGUUCAUCUCCUUGUAUACCAGACUGUGUACAAGCCUCCAUAUCAUCUACCUUGUCUGUGUGCAUACCAGCUACCCUCUCGGCCAGCAUGCCAAGAAAUAUAUCGGCCCAUCUGUCAACACCACUCCACCAACCUUUCCAGUGUUCUCUGUGUGACCGCUCCUUCAGCCAGCGAGGAUCUCUGAAUAGACAUGUACGGAGCCACCUUGGCGUACGGCCCUUCCCUUGCCCCUGCUGCUCUAUGACCUUUUCUCGCCAGUACCGUGUCACAGAGCACAUGCGUGUUCACCAGCGAUGCACCCACAGGACUGACUUUCACAAGCCCCCUGCUUCUUCAAUUUGAGGACACGGCACAAAAGUGAAAUGUAUAUUGUCCUGUCACUCAGGGCCAGUGUUCAUUUUAAUGUUUUGGUCUGUUUGCAUUAAAGCUCAGUGCAAUUAUAAUUUUCAUCCACAUUUUAUAAAUACACAGACGGCUGAAAAGAAUUUGGGCAUUUUGGUUCUGAGA